AUGUUUCUUGGUGAAUAUCACCUAUUUGCAUACUCGAAACAGCAAGAAAAGAAUGUUCUUCAUAGUGAUCAAGCCCCGUAUAGUGUUUGGGAGACAUUUUAUCAAGAUUAUCCGAAAUCAAAUUAUUACUCAGGUAAAAAUGUUAAAGGAAGUGCAAUCAAUGGGGAAUAUUUCAUAUUCAAUGCCAUAUUUCUUUCUGUUACAACUACAAGUGCAAUUACUUUUUCUAAAGCAGGUAUUAAAUUUCUUGAUUCAUAUAAAUCACUUUCAAGUUGUAGCAGCAAUACUGUUGGAGGGGCGAUUAAUUUUAACUGCGAUAGUUCCAUUGUUCAAUAUAGAUCAUGCGGCUAUAAAUCACAAACACGUGGAGAUAGAGGACAACAUUCAUGCGCAAUGUUAGUUUGGCAAUCAAAUAGCAAAAAUUAUGUAUAUGAGAGUUCUUUUAUAAACUGCGGAAAUACCGAGAAAGAUGACACUAAUUAUAUUUAUCUUGGAAAACCAAGUGUUAAAUCAAUCAACUCAAGCUAUUGUAAAGCUCGCUACACAGCAGGAAUAACUCUUUAUUUUAAUACGGGAACUUUUACAAUGACGAAUUCAUCGGUUUGUAAUAAUUCUGCAACGUGGUCUGUUAUUAUGUCUCAAUCUUCAACUUAUACAUUUGGAUUUUGUAAUGUUCUUAGUAACACCCACACUGAGACAAGAUAG